CAUGUACACCGGAUACACGUGCCGCAGUGCCGAGGGCCUGGUGUGUAAUUUAUUUAAAUAAAGCUGUUGGCUUUGUUCUUUUGAACAUCAUCACCAUCUCUCUCGCUGCUUACUUAUUGCUAUUCCCCUUUUCAUUCUUUACUGACAGCUAAUCUCACACAUGCUCUUCUCUCCCAAGUUACUCGCGCAGGUCGCUUCUUUGUUCCUACUCUCCCAUGCGUCCAAUGCAGCCACCACUCACCGUCGCGCCACAACGUGCAACGGUUACAGUCAGGUACACUGUCUCUUUUCCUCCGUUCUUUCGAGGCUUCUCAUCGCUUCUGCAGCUCUGCGAUGUCAGCUAUGGCAAUGUAUCAUUCGUAGGAGCUCACGACUCUUACGCUGUUGGGACGAAUAAUCUUGCCGCCAACCAGGACUAUGAUGUCACACAGCAAUUAAAUGACGGGAUCAGAUUACUGCAAAUGCAAGCUCAUAACAACAGUGGAACGAUACAGCUUUGCCACACUAGUUGUUCAUUAUACAAUGGAGGGACAUUGGAGGAUUACCUUGGAAAAGUCAGAUCCUGGAUGGAAAAUAACACAGCAGAUGUCGUGACACUACUAAUUGUGAACUCGGAUAAUUUUGUCGCGACUGAAUACGACACCGUUUUCAAAGCGGCAAGCCUGGAUACACUCUCCUACUCUCCAACUUCCUCGAAUUUGACAAGGGACUCGUGGCCGACUCUAAGCACGCUCAUUGACGCUGGGACGCGGCUGAUAACGUUCUUGGACAACGGUGCAGACUUUGCAAGUGUACCAUACCUUAUUGAUGAAUUCACAAAUAUCUGGGAGACAGCGUACGACGUCACAGAUACUACUUUCGACUGUGAAGUCAACAGAACCAACGGCGACACUUCCACAGAAAUGUAUCUGAUCAACCAUUUCCUUGAUAGAUAUGUGCUGGGGGAGCCUGUUCCUUAUGUCGCUAAAGCAAACGAGACCAAUGCUGUCAAUGGAACAGGCUCGCUUGGUGCCCAGGUUGCGACGUGCGAGGCUGAAUAUAGCCGAGCGCCGAACUUUUUGCUCGUCGAUUUCUAUGAGUACGGGGGUGGUUCUGUAUUCGAGGUCGCAGCAACCAUCAAUGGUGUCGAAUAUAGCCCAACUUCCGCUAUCGCAACACCAAAAUCCACAACUACAUCAUCUAGCAACGCAGGAUCAUCAACCGUCGUCCUUCUUCCUAGUCAGAAGCAACAGGUGGCUUUUGCAGCCGUGAUAUCAGGUAUCAUUUAUGGGGUAUCUAUCGUGAUAUAAAAUUAGGAUCUUUGUAUAUCUAAAACCACAUGGAGGGACAUAUCACAAACUUUU